AUGAAGGUGAAGUGGCAUUGGGUGAGGAGCAUGGUAACCUCGGGUGAAGUGGAGUUGCACUAUGUGAAGACGACGGCGCAGCCAGCUGAUAUGAUGACCAAGAGGCUGGUUGAGCAGCAGCAUUGGAAGUGUUGCAAGCUUGCUGGGAUGGCUCUGAACUAAGGGGAGCAGAUUCUAAGGCCAACAAUCCGAGGGGGAGUUUGUUGGUGCAACCCUAUGGCUUGCACUCGGCUUGUCGUCCUUGUUUGUGUGUGUGCAUGCAUGGCAUGGAAUGAUUUUAGGCCGAACCGAGCUCUUCCCUGUCAUCCCCUCCAUCGAAACCUAACCUUCCCCAGCACUUCCACAUUUCGUCCGAAUACUUCAAAUUCUGUUUCAUUCUUCAGCUAGUGAACAUCGUCGUGCAUACGUAGUCUUUCUUGCGAAAACCUUUUGCGCUUUCCUUUGGAGUGACUGAGUCGAAGCUGUGUCGGGAUGUCCUACGCGUAUUUGUUCAAGUACAUCAUCAUUGGAGACACAGGUGUAGGAAAAUCAUGUCUGCUGCUUCAGUUCACAGACAAACGGUUCCAACCGGUGCAUGACUUGACAAUUGGGGUGGAGUUUGGCGCACGCAUGAUUACCAUUGAAGGGAAGCCAAUCAAGUUGCAGAUCUGGGAUACCGCUGGGCAAGAGUCGUUUCGGUCCAUCACAAGGUCGUACUACCGCGGUGCAGCCGGAGCACUGCUGGUUUACGAUAUCACGAGGAGAGAAACUUUUAACCACUUGACGAGUUGGCUUGAAGACGCGCGGCAGCAUGCGAACUCCAAUAUGACGAUCAUGCUCAUCGGAAACAAGAGCGAUUUGGCCCAUCGCCGAGCAGUCAGCACUCAGGAAGGGGAGCAGUUCGCGAAGGAGAAUGGACUUGUGUUCAUGGAGACUUCAGCUAAGACUGCUCAUAACGUCGAGGAGGCUUUUAUAAAUACAGCUGCAAAAAUUUAUCAGAAGAUUCAAGAAGGCGUUUUUGAUGUUUCCAAUGAGACAUAUGGUAUCAAGGUGGGCUAUGGUACUGGUGGGGCUCAAGGGGCAGGAGGACGAAACGAUGCUUCCGCUCAGAGAGGAGGGUGUUGUUGAAGUAGACACUCAUCAUGCUGCCCCAGUAGCCAGUUUGGGUCAACUCUACAGUUGCUCGAGUAUUCGAGGUCACAUUGGACAAGGCAUCUAAUAUUCGGAAUUUCUACUGUAGAUUACUGAUGUACAUUUUGCAUAUCAAUAAUGCAGGUUGUAGAGUAGUUUGACAGUCGGCUGGAAAACCGAAUGGAAGGGCUAGGGGAAAAGUAAGGCGUACUGCUUACGGUUGUAGUUGUACAACAACACCCGAGCUGCCGAGCAUAAUUACCGUAAGAAUCCGGAAGACUCUUUCCUUAAAG